AUGGAAACAGUCCGCCAGGCGCCGGCGCAGCAGGUCCCGCCAGUCAUCAAGUUCCCGUUGCUGGUGCUCCUUACCUUCGGCUUAAGCUCGCUGCUCUACUCUUUGGUCGCCGACUUUACUGGUCCCGAACUUGCUUCUGUCAGUCGUGAUCUUUCAGCAGGAUGGCAUAUCGCAGUUAUGCUUGGUUGGAAGCUUGUAGAGCUGGGCGUCGCAUGGUACAUGCGUUUCGAUUACUCUGACCUCGCAUGGUUGACGCUCCUCAGCAACGUUCCUCACUACUUUCUGCUCAACACGUUUUACGGCGUCGACUAUCUAGCCGCCCUUGUACCGCUUUUCAUUGACAUCAGUACCAUUGCGAUACCAUUCGCCUUGCUUCGGGGCAUGAAUCGAGCUCGCGACCCUUCAGCUCCCAAGACUGUCAACCAGACUGUGGCGCAAGAUAUGGGCAUUCAGUGGGUGACUGGCACUCUAGGUGCUAGUCUUUACGCUCUGGUCAUCUACGGCAGCUUCUACACCUGGCUGCCGCAAUACAUGGUGGUCCACUUCGACGGUCUCAGAAGUGUCCAGAAAGCACACGAUACAACUCAUUUCUUGCUCCUGGCUGUACUUGGACCAGUCGGAUACGCUACGACUCAAUUCAUCUUUGUGCCGGCCAUCGGGUCUGCAGCCAAUCCUGGACUCACCGAUCCCAAACUUAAGCCAGAAAAGGCACCCUUCGACCCAGCGACAGCUACCUUCGGCGAGACUUUGGCUUGGAAUCUUGGCUUUAGUGAGGCCGGAUUCUCACGCCGAGCAGAGAUUUUGGCCAAGCGAACCUUUAUUCUGGUAGCUUCUGUCUUCAUCAACACAUUUGUACGCGCAUACGUGACUGUUGAAGGCACCGAAGUCGUAGGUGCGAUCGGAUGGGCAGGCAUUUGGAGUCUUGCAGCUGGUCUGACAGGUCUCGUUUUCUCCUGGGUUGGGGAUGAGUAA